CUAUCAUCUCCUUUUGACAUCAUCUCCUGCAGCGUCCCCGGUACUUUUCAGGCAAAAUUCUUGUGGUCAGUUGUGUUGAGCGGAAAAACAGACAAACGUAGCGACUCAGUGUGUAUAUCUAACUUGAUGGAAAGGACAGGGCUACAUCUGUAAAUACGUAGAGCAUCCAGAUCCACGUCAAGGGAUCGCUUUCGUUACGUGAUUCGUAAGCAUCUCUGUAGUUUAUGGCAUUGUUUGAUUCGAACUAGGAGUCUGUGAGAAGCACAGCUGUUGUUUUAGUUUUUCUGAAACCCAUGAUGGCGCCUAUGGGUUCGGGAGCCGGGGCCCCAAACCCUGCCGGUCUGUUGCUGUCGCAUGCGGGAAUGGCUCUGGGUGCAACUUCUUCUGGGCCGAGUAAGCCUCCAACGGGAGCGAAAAUUAUGAAGCCGCUACAGUUAUGGAACAUCUUGCAGCUACCUCCCGGGACAAGCGCUACGAAGUACUUCCUCGUUGACUUCCGACGAAGUCGGAAGUCAUUCGACGCGGGGCACAUCAAGGGCUUUCGAUGGGUUGGGUACCCAGAGACAAACAAGGGAGAAGCUCCGCUGGCCUCCGGCGCAAAGAGUGGCGACGACCUACAGGUCCACCUCGUGCUGGACGACGUCUUGGCGGCUUUUGAGGCUGAGGCUGGUUCAUCAGGAGCAGACAGGGCGACAAAGGUCAAAAGACGCGCAUUGGUGUAUGUCUGUGACAAUGUUGUGGCUUUGCAAACGCGGUUCAACUUCGACGAGGUUUAUCAGAUCUCUUUCGAGGACUGUGUGCGGGAGUUCCCGCUCCUGCUGCGUCGCACUACUGACAGCAUCCCUGGGGAACGGGAACCCGAGCACGCCUGCGAGGCGCGAACUAAGAGCCUGCGACUUCCGAUUGCCUUUUCGAAUCAUUUUUUUUGCGCCGGAUCGGGAUUCUUCGCAAGCGACAACGUAGACCUGGUUGCGCCAGAGGAGGCUGCUGUUCAAGAAAACCUCAUGGAGCAGCAGCUGCCUCCAGUACUAGAAGCGGCGGUUGCACGACAUGAAGUGUCCUCGGGCUCAGUAGACGCAACGUCUAUGCCGAACCGAGCGCGGACUAGUAUCGAAAAUCUCUGCGACGUCGUCGAGGCAAUGAACAUCACCGAGGUGUUGCUCGUCGUGUCCAGUGUUGCUGCGGAAUGUGCGCACGUGUGUCGGCGACAGAAAGCCUUAGUCGACCUGCUAUUGGACGCGAAGCACGCACUGCAAUUGCGGGACGCGAAGAAGUUCCUGAGCACGACCGCACUGCCCCUCCCGCAGAGUGUCGAGUACCUGCUGGAGAAGGUUCCAAAGGCUGAACAGCAUGCGGAUCGGCUACUUGUGUUGAGUGCGGAGGACAGCAGCGCUGCCGCUGCCGUCACGGGGUAUUACUUGGAGCAGAAGCGCACCUGGUCGCUCAACAUCGCCUUAGCCUUCGUCAUGAAAAAGAUCCCGUCUUUCCAGGUCCAUUCCGCACACUUCGCUUACCUCAGUACGUUGCCAUCGCCUACUGCGGCAGCGUACACGAAUGCGGUGCGGACGGCAACGAACUCGGCAACCAACAACUUGACACGGAACCUCCUUCGAGACGCAGCGCUAACCACCGAUGCGGGAGACUUGACAUCCAUGCAUUCAUCGGAGGAACAAGAGCAGGAAGAUCAGGGUGUUCAAAUCGAGGUGAUUGAAGAAUAAAACUACCACUCUGAUGUUGUUCCUAAGGACCGCCUGCCGAUGUGCUACUAGGUUUUGGUCGCAAGGGCGUCUCUGCUAAAGACAAUCCACUCGCAAGAAAUGUUGAAAGUGGCUGAAGCGAC